AUGCGCGUGCGUCGACGGAUCGUCGAUCGCCCAGUUGAAGUGCUGGUGGGUCGAUGUAUCGACACGGCGUCCGGUCCAGGUGUUGGGGAAUCGCCGUGUCGGGGCAGCGGCGUCCCAUCGGGCGGGGCGGCGGCGGCUCGGCUCGGUGGCGCGUCGCCUCUUACCGGCCGCGAACGGGGCCCUCACGUGGCUGCCACCCAAAAAUACCAUCUCCUCUUCUACCUCCCCCCCCCCCCCGCCCUCCUCCAGCUUGCCAAGCGCUCCCUCCGGCCCUUUUGCACUGUCUGCAGCCGCCAUUUUAAAACCCCGCGCAAGUUUGUGGAGCACAUGAAGUCUUCCGAGCACAAGCAAAAGGCCAAGGAGGUGAGGUUGGGCGAGAAGGAGCAGAGUGGGCCAGAGGACUCUGAGGAACUUAUAACGGUAGAUGCGGUUGGCUGUUUCGAGGAUGAUGAUGACGAAGAGGAUGAGGACGAGGACGAGGAAGAAGUCGAAGGGGAGGAAGACUCUGAGGUGGGAAGGCUGGAUGGUGAAGAUCCUCUCGGCAGGCAGGUUGGGCUAAAGGAGGUAUCCUUGGACGACGCUGAAGAACAUGAGAAGUACUGUCCCGAUACCGUCUAUGGCCCGGAUUUUCUGGUCCCGGUGGCAGGUUUCCUCUGCAGGUUGUGUCGCGCCUUCUUCCAUAGCAACUCGGCUGCCCGGCUCACACACUGCAAGUCCCUGAUGCAUUUUGAGAACUUUCAGAGGUACAAAACCACCAGGCUGCAGUCCGCUGCCCUGCACACGGAUCCUUGGCAGGGGCUGGCUGAGGAUCGCCAGACUCCUCCUGCAGCUGGCAAGGAGAAACCAGAGGUGGAAAAAGAGGUCGCGGCGUUGUCAGCCGCCAGCAAGGAAGCUUGCAAACCUCCCGAAGAGGAGGACCGACCUUUGACCCCGAGGAACAGCUCGGCAGCUCUUCAGACUGAUGACGCAGCUGGAGCCUUGCUCAUAGAGGAUGCGGAGGAUGACCGGAAUGAUUUUUCCACCCUGAGCGACCACUCGUCACUGGGGGAUGCCGUUGCGGUGAUGGGGGAACCCGUGGGACUGUGCGUGCAGAACAACCAGCUGAGUGGCGAAAGCACCCACGAGAGGAGCCCGGGCCAAGUGGCAGCAGAUGAAGUAGAUCCCACAGCAAAUGAGACGUCGGCCGGCAGAGACUUGCCAGAGCAAGUUGACCCUUCCUCCCUGGCCAAAGGGGAGACCUCAGCUGGACGCAGGCGUUCGACUCGGCAUCGAGCCAGAUAAAGUAGCCUUAAUAGGAGAGCUUCUCCCCUUUUGUGUAGAUUUUCGGAGAAAGGUUUAUUUUUUCCCCUAUCUUUGAGUCUUCUACUUUUAGAGAAAGGUAUGCUAUGAUUUUACUGCAGUUUUUAUUCUAAAAAAAAAUUAAAAGGAAAAAAAAAAUCAACGGCUUUCAUGUGCUUCAUAUGAGCUGCUCUUCAGUGU